AUGGCUCAAGGAGCAAAUCCAACAACUUCACCAACUUCACCAACUUCACCAGUUGGACCCACACCACCAUCUGGGGCGACAGCACCAACAAGUGGCGUGCUCUUCAGCCCAACAACUCCAACUCUUGGGAACAAGGUCCGCACCAGCUCCAGCACCGAAACCGCUUGGACUGGAGGGAAACCCAAUCCGACCCGUACUGGCCUUGAUCCUUCAGCUUCCACUACCAUGGAACAUCCGGGACAGUUGCGUCCCACAGGCUAUGAAGCAAUGAAAAGCGCCACCUACCGCAGAACGUCUGACCUCGUUUCGAUCACCAAGAAGACGAAGAUGACUAGAUUCAAGAAGGAACUUUGGCAAACUGCAGUCUCCCGAGGACUGGACUCCGUCAUGUACCUUCCUCGCAGCGGCGACCAGAUCUCCGUUGUGACAAGCUCCGAUAUGUUCACGAAAGAGGAAGCUGAGCUUGAAUACACCAAGAUUCUCCCGACGUAUGACAGCUACUGCAGAUCCAAUGACAGGGACGCUGCACACUUACUCAUGAACGCCAUUGAUCCAGAUCUUCGAAAGGAAGUUGAACUAUUCCACAACACCACUGAUGGGUUUAUUGUUGUAUGGUACGUUCUCCUUCGUCUCCUCUAUGACAACAACAUCGACCGCAAACGCAACAUUGAAUCCGAGCUUCGGAAGGUUGCCGUCACAAGCUACCCACAACAGAAUGUCAACGCCAUUGUUGCCACCUUCCUCAACAUGGCAGAAGAACUUGACGAUAUGGAUGACUACAAUCACGACAACACCAUCAAGAUGCUCGACACUCUUUCCUAUGCCGGUGGUGGAACCGAUCCAAGCAAUCCCGACACCCUCUACUUCCGCAGCCAAAUUAUGACUCUUUGCAGCCGUGUGGACGAUGCUCUCAUCGCUAUCCGAGGACUAUCAGCGGCUAGCGCUACCACUUACAUGGUGGCACAUGAUGUUCACUACCGUCAAGUCCUCAUGAAAGUCCAAAAGUCUUACCUUCAGCUCUUCAACAACCACAAGUGGCCCCCAGCAAACACCCCUCUCGACUCUCGUACUCCGUCCGCCCUGCAAGCCAACAACGUACUGACCCAGAAGCACCUGAAGGAACAGUUUCGUGCCUUUCUGCUCCAACAAGCACAAGGAAACAACACCAACACUAACACCAACACCAACACCAAUAACAACACCAAUAACAACAACAACAAUCGCAAUGGUGACCGCACCGGCAACGCACCUCCCAAUCCCAAGCGGGUCCAACCCUCAAUUGCCAACGGCGACGUUCCUAUUGCAACCGUGGACGGGGUUCCACACUUCAGGAAGAACAUCAACGGCAAGGACAUGGAUUGGUGCCAGACUUGCAAACGUUUCACCAACACCCACGCUACUCAUCAACAUGGCUCCGGUACCAACAACAACAACAGCAACAACAACAACAACAACAACAACAACAACAACAACAACAACAACAACAACAACAACAACACCAGCACCACGGCCACCGCCGCCAACCUUGCCUCUACCGAUCUGCCACCGGAUAUUGAUUUUGGCACCUUUAACAUCGCCGACUACAACUUCUACGUAUCCUCUGGUAUCACCUCCCAGGAUGUGCUUGGCGUGAUCGCUCCUCCUGCUCUUGUCGAAACUGUCUCUGACGAUGUUCACGACGACACCAUCCCUGUCAUCGACCGCGAUGCUGUCACCGCUCAUCACUGGUGUGUUCCUGUUGACUCCUUUCCCCACUCUCACUCCACUACCACAUCUGCACUCGACUCUCCUACUGUUGAGACCGUCACUGACGACAAUGACGAUGCAGCCAUCAUCCCUACCAUCGACCGCGACGACGUCACCAUUCAACACUGGUGUGUCCCAGUUGAUUCCUUCAUUAACUCUGACUCCGCUGCCAUGCAUGGGCCUGCCGUCGACUACGACUCUGACAAUGAUGACGUGCCUCCUUCCCUCGUGGACCGCACUUCCGAUCACGAGUCUGACGACGACUCUGUUCUUGAUGAUUCCUCUUCGGUCCUUCCCCAGGAAACUACGAUUCCCACCUAUCGCCUUCAUCCGACUGCAUCUCGCCCAGCAUCGCUUUGGCGUCCACUUGCCCUACUCCUGCCACCUCUCUUCCUUGGGCUUCGAUUCCUCCUUCCGUUUCUUGCUACCCACACCAACCGUGGUUUGUCGCAAGCCUCCAUGAUGGUCCAAGACUUCCCCAUUCUUUCCUUUCUGGCUACCCAGGCCAACCGAGGUUUUCUUCACCUGUGGUCUAUUGUCUCCCACCAUCCCACUACCAUCGCAUUUCGCGCCUUUGGCUCUGCCUUCCCUUCCAUCUUCGCUGAGCACCGAUGUUCCUGGUCUGCUCUACCCUUUUGGCUCUGGCUGGUCCUUGCAGUUUUCAUCCUCAUCGGACCCCAACGCCUCUGUACCCCUGCCCCUCCCCCUCCCCGCCACGUUCGACGCCAUCUUGCCCGCCUGCACCAUCGGCAGCGGCGUCCCAAACCCACUAUGCAGUUCCCUUCCUUCCGUCAUCCACGCUACCAACCUUCGCGCGCCCAGCUUCUUUCCCGAUGCCAAUGGCGGCGGGUAUCCACCGGCCUCAGCGGCUCCAAGGCUUCAGCGAUUCCCACCGACCUCAGCCACCUUUAUGUCAACUUCCACCGUUGUAAAGCACGCCACCGCUGUCAAUACAAAUCGCAACGUCGUCGCCGUUGGAUGUCGCCCUACACUCGGAGACUCCGAUCCCUUCAGCUACACCAGCUUGCCUCUUCAAUGCGGCUCACACAGCUCCGCACCGGUUUCAAGGCUCAGGCUCAGUAUCAACAACAUUGCAAACAGCGAGGACUCCUGGUUAUCGAUCAAAUUCACCAGUGGAACUGGCAAACUCAACACAGUCAGCAUAUGUCGGAACAGCUGUUACAAGGCGACCUCUCUCCCAUUCUCCCGGAUCUGAUCUCGUCCCCUUCCCCGGUUGCCUCUUUCCCCAGCUGGGAUGAUGACUCCGUCUCCACCAGCUGCUUCAGUGAGAUCGAUGCGCCCGAUUAUGACCCCCCUGAUCCCACACCUUCUGUCCUCAUCAAUCCACAUGGAACCGUGUCCAUCUACACCGCCACCACGACUAUUGCUACCUCCAUCGCCGAGUUCGCUGAGGAUCACCUAUUCCUCUCCGAGACAUCUGCCGACAUGGAACCAGCGUUUCCGGUCAUCUGGGAUUCUGGAGCCUCGGUGUGUGUCACACCCCACAAGCGUGACUUUGUCGGCAAGCUUCACCCCCCUCCCAACUCCAGCACCAAAGGGAUCGGAGGCCCCAUUGAGGUCACCGGAUGCGGACAUGUCGCAUGGACGUUCAAGACCACCACCAACACCUUCCGUACCUUGGUUCUGCCAGCCGUUCUAGUUCCCUUGGCCAACCAACGUCUUUUGAGCACCAGCUCCCUCCUUCAUUGUCACUCCAAGGAAACCAUCUCCCUUUCCUCUGACGGCAUGCUACUCUCUGGAACCACUAGCGACGGUGCCUCUACACGACCCAUUGCAGUGGACAUCUCUCCCACCAACAACUUACCUACCGCUACGGCAUACCGCGUCAUUGAUUCUCCGCAACCACCUCCCGAGGCCCACGCUGACGAUGUCACUGUAGCAAUCGACAACCUCCACAGUUCCCAAGGCCCAGCUCCGACAUCAUCUCGCACUGAUCGAAACUCUUUCAUGAUGUCCAGCAUUGCCGAAGUCAGUCGCCAUAACAUCAACCUUGACGACGGUGACAAGGAAUGGUUGAAAUGGCAUCAACGUCUUGGCCACCGUUCAUUCGCCAUUGUACGCUUCUUGAUGCGCACCGGAACCCUUGCUAAAAGUCAACGCAUGCGGACGCUGCACACCCACAUUUCCAAACGAGUUGAACCACCCAAGUGUGCCGCAUGUUGCUACGCCAAAGCUAAACGACGUGCCGUUGCCAAGGCCAAAACUCAUGCUCGCGUCAAGGAUGCUCCCAGCUCUCUUCGCGCCAACACUCUUUAUCCCGGUCAAGAGGUAUCCGUCGAUCAUCUUGUUUCAUCUGUUCCUGGCCGAACCUACACUGGCUACGGGAAAGGUCACAAGUCUGAGAUGUUCCGCGGAUCUGCUAUCUUCGUCGACAAUGCGACAGGAUAUAUCUUCGUUCAACAUCAGAAAUCCCUGAACACCCACGAAACAUUACGGGCCAAGGAAAUGUAUGAGGCGAAUUGUCGUGACCUUGGUGUCGUUCCUCAAAAAUACCGCAGUGACAACGCUGCUGUCUUCCACAGCCACGAAUACAAGCAACAUCUUGAAGCCUUCAGUCAAACUCAAAAGUUCGCUGGUGUUGGCCAACACCAUGCCAAUGGCAUCGUCGAAAAGGCCAUUCAGGACAUUCAAUCUACUGCCCGCACAUUGCUCAUUCACCUUGCCAUCCGUUGGCCCGAACAAGCCGAUCUCGCUCUCUGGCCAAUGGCCAUCGACCAUGCAGUCUUCCUCCACAACCACCUCCCCGACGUCGACACUGGUCUCACACCCAUGGACAAAUUCUCCCGCCAACGUUGGCCCCACUCCAAAUAUCACGAUAUCCAUGUGUUUGGAUGCCCCACCUACGUUCUCGACAAGAAAAUCGCGGAUGGUAAGACUCUUCCCAAGUUCUCGCCACGCUCCGAACGCUACGUUCACCUUGGGUUCAGUCCUUUUCACGCAAGCACAGUGCCGCUGGUCCUCAACCCUCGCACCGGUGCCAUCACACCCCAAUUCAAUUGCAUCUUUGAUGACUGGUUUGCCACAUUAUCCGCCAACGUCGACGAUGUCCCCACCUUCAUGGAGGAACAGUGGCAGCAUCUCUUUGGCGACUCCCAAUUUCAAUUUCCCACCGAUGAUAAUGAUCCUCCUUCCUUGACACCUCCAUCUCAAGUCCCCCUAUCUUAUGAGCCUUCCGCUCUUGAUUCCUUUGAACCUUCCACCAGCCGCUACGCCGGCACCCAACCUACCCUAUCUGAUCCCUCCGUUUUCCGUGAACCCUCCCAACCUUCGUUUGAGAGGGAGAGUGUGUCAGUUGAGAGGGAGCAGUCUCCUCCCGCCAAUAUUCCUACAUCCACAAAUACUGGCAAUCCUACUCCAUCACCCCUUCAGAGGGAGCAACAAACUCAGUCAAAGAGUCCCCAUAUAACGGCACGCGAAACUCCCAUUGACCUACCAUCAUCAUCAAUUCCGCCAACAUCAUCAUCCGGACCACCAUUGCGACGCAGUACACGAUCCACCAGAGGUAAACCGGCUCCCAUUCUCGAUCCCAACCCCCAUUCUAAGACCUACGUCUCCAAACCUUUGCCAUCCUCCAACUUGGCCGAGAUCAAUCCAUCAAACGAUCCCGACUUCAAUGACACCGAAAACCUCCAUUCGUUCCCAAAGGACACUCCAUUUCUUGCCAACGAGGAUCUGGUAUUGACCACCAGCCAUCCUUCAUACAGACGAUUCAAGACUCAACCAGAGUCAGAUGAUGGUGGUAUUUGUGGAUUCUAUGACCUCCAUUUCUCCUACCUUGGCUACACCACCACAAACACUCCCAAAUUUGUGUUUCUUGACAGCAAGGCACCACCUGAUUCGAUCGAAUUUCUCAAAACUGGCACCACCGACCCUGAUAUUUUAAGCUGGGAUGAAGCUAUGGCUGGUCCUGAUCGAGACAAGUGGCGUGAGGCUGCCUUGAAGGAGAUCAGAGCACUCGAACACAAGCGCACAUGGUUGGAAGCCCCAGAAUCCAAUGCCACAGUCAGAGUAAUUCCUGGCACUUGGGUUUUUCGAGUCAAACGCGCGCCAGAUGGAUCCAUCAUCAAAUUCAAGGCCAGAUGGGUAUUACGAGGUGAUCUUCAGGACCUGGACAUGGACACCACCGCUGAAGUCGUCGCUUGGUCCUCGGUCCGCACAUUUAUGGUCCUUAGUCUCAAGCUUGGAUGGGUCAUGAAGUCGAUCGAUUUCACCAAUGCCUUUCUCCAUGCCAAACUACCAGACAAUCUGGAAAUGUUUGCUCACCUACCAAGAGGCUUCUACUCUAAUAUGAGAAGUAUCACUGGUGAACGAACAGUACUACACCUCAAGAAGUCUGCAUAUGGGACAACCAUUGCGCCAAGGCUAUGGUACAAACAUUUAAUGAAGGCAUUUCACGAGCUUGGAUUUGAAAGCUCCUCCUACGAUAAAUGCUUCCUUAUUCGCAAAGACAUGAUGAUUGUCGUUUAUGUCGACGACUGCGGUAUCAGCACUGACAAACCAGAGAAAAUCGAUGAACUUGUCAACCAGCUGAAAGAAAAGGGAUUUGAUUUGGAGAUUGAAGGCGACUUUGAAACGUUUCUUGGAGUCGAAAUUCGCCAGAUGAAGGAUGGUAGAUACCACCUCCUUCAAGAAGGGCUCAUCAAGAAGGUGCUCGAAGCCGCCAAGAUGACCGACUGCAGUCCCAAUCACGUUCCGGCUGCACCAACCCCACUAGGAAAGGACCCUAACGGAGAACCUUGGUCCCAACAUCCCUGGCGCUACAGCUCAAUCGUUGGGAUGCUAAUCUACCUCUGCACAAAUACUCGCCCAGACAUCAGCUAUGCAGUCUCCUGUGCGGCCCGCUUCAACAGCAAUCCAAAAGUCAGCCAUGCCACCGCCGUCAAGACAAUCCUUCGUUACCUCAAGAAGACAUCCGACAAAGGGUUGAUUGUGAACUUUAAUGGGACUCUUGACCUUGAAGCAUACUGUGAUGCAGAUUUUGCAGGACUGUUCAAAUCUGAGGCUCCAUAUGAUCCAGCAGUGUCUCGGUCUCGUGGCGGAUAUAUCAUUUUCCUUGGAGGAGUUCCUCUCAUUUGGAAAAGCUCGCUCUUAUCGUGCAUUACUCUCAGCACUCUCGAGGCUGAAUAUGUUCAACUUUCUCGCUCCAUGACGGUUCUUCUGGGGCUCAAGAAUCUAAUCGAAGAACUUCUUCCACGGCUCCAACUUCCAAACUUGACCGCUUUUGUUCGCUCCAUCAUCUUCGAAGACAAUGCUGGUGCACUACUUCUCGCUAUCGGUCAACGAAUCACCAAUCGCACCCGCUAUUUGAGCCAGUUCUAUCAUCAUUUCUGGUCCUUUGUCCAUCGCCCUCAAGAUGGCCCUCCUCAAAACAACCCCAAUGGUCCUUGGCAUGACGGAAAAAUCAAAGUAUCCAAGAUUACCACUGACAAGCAGCGAGCAGACAUCUUCACUAAAGGUCUGACUCGAGUUCCCUUCGAACGCAACCGAUUCUCCAUCAACGGAUGGUAA